AACGUGCGAUGAAAUUACCAGAUGGUUUUCUAAGCGCUCAGUUCUAAUAAUCUUAAGGCAGAAAAAACACCAGGAAUAAAAAUUUUUCUUCGAAAAAUGCUUGAGCUGUCAGAUGUGAUUAUUUGGAAUUGAUUCGUUUAAUACUUUUGCAAACGAUGGAUCUAAAUGAAAUACUAGUCGUAACCGUAAAUUGUAUAUAUUUUGCCUGUUGUUCGCAGAAUUCUUGAAACGUGUUUAUAUUGUAUAUUUCCUGUUUCUAAAUUUCUGCAGUGAACAGAAGAUUUGUAAUUGGAGAAUUUUUGUAAAUAGAAGUCAUGUCUGAAGAUUCUAGUGAUUGGGACACUGUAACAUAUUUGCGCAAGAAACCACCUAAAGCAAGUCAACUUCGAUCGCAGCAGGCAAUUAAUGCAGCUCAGCGACAAGGUUUGGCUAUUGAAACUACAAAAAAAUUUAAUGCUGCUACGAAUAAACAGCACCAAACAACUCUAAAUACUUCCAAGCUUGAUAAAGAAACGGAGCAACUUCACCAUGAAACUGUUGGACUGGAUGUAGGUCGUCUCAUUCAGCAAGGGAGGCAGAACAAAGGCUUGACUCAGAAAGAUCUUGCAACGAGGAUUAAUGAAAAGCCUCAGGUUAUAAAUGAUUAUGAAGCAGGAAGAGCUGUGCCUAAUCAACAAAUUCUCACAAAAAUAGAGAGGGUCAUAGGUAUGAAGUUGCGAGGCAAAGAAAAAGGCCAGCCCAUGGAGCCAAAAUCUGCUGCAAAGAAAAAAUGACAAAUUACUUUUCAAGAAUUGCUUUUCAGCAACAAAUUUUGCUUAUUGUAAAACUAUACAGUAUCUGUAUAUUUUUUGUGAGUUUCUUUUAUAUACAUAUUUAAAGAAAUUACAGGUGUUGUGCUUUUUAAGUCUACAGAAGACUGGUGUUUUGCACACACAGUUUACUUAUCUUUAUUUUAAAAAUCUUGAGUUCUGUAUAUUCCUCUGUUAAAUAACUAAAUUUCUUAAUGACAUGUUGUCAUAAUUAGUAGUGAAGAAGAUCAUUAUGUGAUCUGCACGUAUGUAUCAGCAUACCUGUGGUUUCUCUCCUGUUAGAUUAGAGGAAUAAAAUGCAAUUCCUCUGCCAGCUUUUUUGUGUAUUAAUUCACAGAGAUAAUAUUUUGCACCUAUUUUUUUAAAUGAUUCAUAAUGAACAUUUGGGGGAGAAAAUCUUGCAUUCAAAGUUAAUUCAUUUUGAAUUGGCUGAUCAUCGAAUAUGAUUAAGAAUUUUUGUGUGACUUUUUAUGAAGUGAAUUUGUGUAGUGAGAGUCUUAAGCAAUAUCUUUUCUUAUUGGCUGUCAUUAUCUUCUAUGUUCAUCUGUUUUAUUAUUUUUUACUACUUACUAAAAAUAGUAAUACCAUAACUGUCCAUAAAAAGUACCACUGAAAAAUGCAAAUAUAUUUUAAUAGUGUGUUGAGGAACUGGCUGUAGGUUUGUAAUAAAUAAAAGGAUAUUAAUGAAUA